CAAAAAGGAAAAAAUUACAAAAAAAAUAUUAACAACCGGCGAAGAGAUAUAAAUACGACAAAGAAGACACCUCCUUCUUCGCGUCAAACUAAAUCAAGAAGGCCUCCAAUUCCAAAUUCACAAAACACUGUAAAAAACAAAAAAAAUUAUGGAAUCUCCGGAGGAGAGGAACGGUAAUGACGUACGACAACCGCUGCUGGAUAAAAAUCCGGCGAAGAAAGAAGCGGAGGGAGAGGAGAGAUUAUGCAUAGACGAGAUGUUGCAGAGAUACUGCGGCGAGUUCGGGAGGUGGCAGAUGAGACACUUCGUGCUGACGUGUCUCGCUUGGGCUUUAGAGGCGUUCCACACCAUGGUUAUGAUCUUCGCCGAUCAAGAACCGGACUGGAAAUGCGUCGUCGGGUCGGAUUGUCGGGUCGGGUCUUCUACUUGCGGGUUGGAUCCGAGUUCUUGGGAAUGGUCGGCCGGUAAAGGAAGCUCCACCGUGUCGGAAUGGGGAUUGAUUUGCGGCGAGAAGUAUAAGGUUGGUCUCGUUCAAGCUCUCUUCUUCGCCGGAUGCAUGAUCGGCGCAGGAGUAUUCGGACAUCUAUCAGACUCAAAGCUAGGAAGAAAAGGUUCAUUAACAGUGGUCUGCAUCAUCAACGCAAUAUUCGGAAUCGCCACGGCCUUUUCCCCAAACUACUGGACCUACGUGGUUCUCCGGUUCUUGACAGGUUUCAGCACCGGUGGUGUUGGCCUAACAGCGUUUGUCCUAGCCACCGAACCCAUAGGACCGAGCAAACGCGGUGUAGCCGGAAUGUCAACGUUCUACUUCUUCUCUGCCGGCAUUGCACUUCUAUCCGGCAUUGCUUACGUUUUCAGAUCUUGGAGGGAGCUUUUCAUAGUGUCUUCGUUACCGUCUCUCUUGUUCCUACUCAUCGUUAUCCCAUUCAUCUCCGAGUCCCCGAGGUGGUAUCUCGUGAGAGGCAAAGUAGACGAGGCGAUGAAGUUGAUGCAUUUGAUAGCUAAAACGAACGGGCGUCACAUUCCCGCUGGUGUCACUCUUGCUCUAGACGACGACUUGGAAAACAACAACGGCGAGAGGAACAAUACUGCUGUCGAGGGUUCUCUCAAAGAUGUUUUACUGUCGCCUCUCACGCGGAUAAGGCUUCUCAUUACAGUUGCCAUAAGUUUCACGGUCUCCAUUGUGUACUACGGACUAAGCCUCAACGUAGUCAACCUCAAGACUAAUCUCUACCUCAACGUCUUUGUCAACGCGGUGGCAGAGAUGCCUGCAUUUGCUAUAACAGCUGUUUUGCUAGACAAGUACGGGAGGAAACCGCUGUCCAUAGGGACGCAGUGGUUCAGCUGCGUGUUCUGCCUCGCGGGAUUCGCUGUAUGGGGAGCUGGUCCAUGGAAGUCUGUUAGAAUGGUUGCAGGGGUUUUAGGGAUAUUCGGGAUGGCUGGAACGUACAAUCUUCUGUUCAUAUAUAUAGCGGAGCUGUUUCCUACAGUGGUAAGGAACGCGGCAUUGGGUUGCGCGACUCAGGCGGCUCAAAUGGGAGCGAUUCUGGCGCCUUUUGUGGUGGUUUUAGGGGAUGAGUUACCGUUUGGGGUGUUUGCUGUUUGCGGGUUAGUGGGAGGUGGGCUUGCGUUUUACUUGCCGGAGACGUUAAACAAGCCGCUGUAUGAUACAAUGUUUGGGAUGCACGAAGCUGAGACUAACAGAGGCAGAGGAGAUGUAGUGUGUUAAAGAAAACAGAAUCCUACAACAUUUAGACAUGGAAACACAAAUAAAGUUCUUAGGGAUAGGUGUUUUAAAAUGUCAAAUUGUUUUGUACGUGCUUUCUUGUGUUGUGAUUUUGCAUUGAGGUUUUGGGUUUCUAAUGGUGAAGGCGUUUAUAACAAAAUUAACAUUGAUUUA